AUGCCAACUAUUUUCGGGUUUCAAACAAUGGAUCUAGCGGAGGCUAUCAAUGGCCUGAUUGAAGAGGCAAAGGUCCGAAUUGUCUGGUGGGGUCUUUGCAUAUUCGCUGUUUCGUUUUUCUUGACUCAUACAAGUGAAUCGAUGUGGAUGAAUAUACCAGCGUCAGUUCUCUUGUUUUCUGCACUGCACAUCUUUUUUGACAACGUGGAGUUCCAUUGGAAGGUUCAACGACCUAGAUCACCGACAUAUUUAUCUCAUUUGGGGAAGAAACAGUUGUCUCUGAAUGAUUCACGCCUGUCGACUAAAAUUCCCCCGCCAACAUGGAAGAGCGGAAUUGGUUCAACCGUUGUGGAGGCUGCAUUAAGUGAUUUUGUUGAUAAGCUGAUACAGGAUUUCAUUAUAGAUUUGGUGUGCACAUAUAUUACUCCAGACAAGGAGUUUCCUGACCAAAUACAUGCGUUAAUAAUGGAUGCUAUCGGUGAAAUAUCAAGAAGGGUUAAAGAAAUAAAUCUCGUCGACUUGCUGACAAGGGAUAUAGUUCAUUUAGUGGGUGAUCACAUAGACCUCUUCAGAAAAAAUCAAGCUGCUAUAGGUGUGGAUGUUAUGUUAACAUUAUCUUCUGAAGAGAGGGAUGAAAGAUUGAAAUACCAUCUAUUAAAUUCCAAGGAGCUUCAUCCUGCACUAGUAUCUCCUGAGAGUGAGUACAAGGUUCUUCGGCGGCUAAUGAGUGGAUUAUUAGCAUUAGUACUAAGACGACAAGAAGCUCACUGUCCUGUGAUACGAUCUAUAGCUCAGGAAAUUUUAACUUGCUUGGUAAUGCAACCAAUAUUAAAAUUGGCAUGUCCUGGGUAUAUCAAUGAGCUGAUUGAAGAACUUCUGCAUAUCAUUAAAGAUAUGGAUAUAAUAGGGAUGGGCGGUGAUCAGUGUACAAGUGCAGCAACUCAUCAUUGUGGUAAUUCAGUUGCUGAUGUGUUUGGAUCUAAUAAUCACACGAACUCGAACGACCAUUCGCGUGUAAAUCAAAGAAACGAUGAAACAUUGGCUAAACUGCACCAUCAGGGCGGGACAUCCCUUCAAUGCAACACCUUCCAGCAAGAGACUUCGCAGAUCAGGCAUGCCGACUGGGCAAGAGUGUUGGAGGCAGCGACUCAAAGAAGAACUGAAGUUCUUAUGCCUGAGAAUCUCGAGAAUAUGUGGACCAAAGGGAGGGAUUAUAAAAAGAAAGAGAACACAAAUCUCAAAGCAAGUUUUCUCGAUUCUCCUAAAAAAGGUUCUUCUGCAGACCGUUCACUGCCUGAUGGAAAUUUAGCAAAGGAAACAUCAGCGAGUAAACAUGGAGAGUAUGCAGAUCCAGAAGGGAAGUCAUUCCUGCAGCGAGUGCAGAGCUCGGGUUCAGAUCCCUUACUAAAUGUUGGAAGCACAAAUGGGGCGGAGUCUUCUCAAGAUCUCGACAAAGAAUCACCUUUCGAAGGAGAGCUUCGGGUAGAUGAAGCGAAGGGUACUAAAGUCUUUGCGUCUAAUGAAAGUAAAAGCAGGCGCAAGAGACCAGACAGCGCUACUUUUCUGGGAAUACUAAGUAGUAAAGGAGAGCCAAUUAUUUCUGGGUCUCAGAGUCAUGGUUUUGAGAGACAGAGUGAAGGAUUUCGAGGAAAGAGUGCUUCUGACACUGUUAUUAGGAAAGAGGGUCAACUAGUUCCCAAGCUCCGUUGCCGGGUAAUGGGAGCAUACUUUGAGAAACUCGAUUCUAAAACUUUUGCUGUCUAUUCAAUUGCUGUGACAGAUGCGGAAAACAAUACUUGGUUUGUGAAAAGAAGAUACAGGAAUUUUGACACACUGCAUCGGGAGCUUAAAGAUACUCCAAAAUACAGAUUACAUUUGCCACCGAAAAGGAUAUUUUCCUCAAGCACAGAGGAUUCCUUUGUCCAUGAGCGUUGCAUUCUGCUUGACAAAUAUCUUCAGGAACUCAUGUCAAUACCUAAUGUCACUGAACAUCAUGAAAUUUGGGACUUUCUGAGUAUUUCUUCAAAGAAUUACUCUUUGGGGAAAUCUUCAACGAUAAGGACCCUGGCAGUUAAUGUAGAUGGUGCUGUGGAUGAUAUUGUCCGCCAGUUUGAAGGUGUUUCGGAUGGAUUAACGAGAAAAAUUGUUGUUCCAUUGUCGUCGCAUACUUGUGGAGGCUCUUCUACGUCAACAGACAACAAUUUUUGGAAUGAUGACGGAAUGGAUAAAAUUAAACCGAGGCAGAACACUGCGGAAACUGUAUUAAGCUCUAAUUAUGAGGAUUUUCAGAGUAGUGGAAAGUGUGACCGUGAGAACAUUACUAGAGAACUGAAGCACGAUAAUGGGCGGCAUUCUGAUAUUGAAUUGAACUUGAACGGUUCCACGCCACACCAUGAUGAAGAGUCUGGUAACUGUGAUCUAAAUAUAAAGCAUGAUUUGAUAUCUGAAGCUAGAGUUGGCAAUGAAACCGCAGCUACAAAUUUCACUCUCAUUCCUGAUAAUUUGGGGGAAGUGCCACCUGAGUGGACUCCACCUAAUGUUACUGUCCCAAUUUUGAAACUGGUUGACAAGGUAUUUCAGCUUCAGAAAAGAGGCUGGCUAAGAAGACAGGUCUUUUGGAUAUCAAAACAGAUAUUACAGUUAGCAAUGGAAGAUGCUAUUGAUGAUUUUCUUCUCAGACAGAUUCAUUGGCUCCGGAGCGAGGAUACUGUUGCCCAAGGAAUUCGGUGGGUUCAAGAUAUCUUGUGGCCUGGUGGUACAUUUUUCUUAAGUCUACAGACUCAGACGGAAAAAGGUGGCUGUGGAAUCGAUCAAAAAUCUUUACAUACAAUAGGGGACUUUAUUGGAAGCAAUAUCUCGAAACGAGGGUCAGCAUCUUUUGAGCAACAGCUUGAGGCUGCUCGUAGAGCGAGUGAUAUCAAAAAACUGCUCUUCGAUGGAGCUCCAACGGCCUUGGUUAGCUUAAUCGGGCAAAAGCAAUACAGGCGUUGUGCUCGUGACAUAUAUUAUUUCAGCCAGUCUACCAUAUGUGUCAAGCAACUAUCUUUUGCGAUCCUCGAACUCGUGCUAACAUCCAUCUUCCCUGAGAUGAAGAACCUAAUCGUGAAUGUUCAUGCGCAUAUGCGGGUUCAUAAACCUGUCUAGAGUUCUCCUUUGGUAUUGCUCUCUAUCGGCAUCACAGUUAGGGGAAAUAGCUUUGUAUGUAAUGAAGCACAAUAAUUUGAUCUAGAGCUUGUGCAGAUUCCUAGUAUUUUCUGCUUCUUGGGCAGAAACACUUAUUGUCUCGUACAUUUUUUUCUUAAAACUUGACAAAACCCAUCUUAUA